CACCAGCCCUUAGCAACCGCAGCAUAUAUAGAAAAGGCGGAUGCCGGGGAGACCUGUUGAGUUGCCAAGUGCAAUAAGACCACAAACGGGACUGCCAUGCUGUGGAGCUCAGUAUUCUAAACCAACCGUCCCCGGAUCUUCUUGAACAUGACUAGCCUAAUCACUGUACCUCCUGUUAAGCAUUUCCAUAUGGACAUGGAUGACCACAAGAGAAGCCAGAGCCUUGGAAAAAACUUCAUGUGCCGACUACAAUAUAUAUUCUUCCACUCAUCUGCUCCUGAGAGCAGGCUAAGUUUAGAGGACAUACAGCAAUGGUCCCAGUCAAUGGGGCGGCUCCUCGAGUCAAAAUAUGGCCUGGCUACAUUCCGCACAUUCCUUAAAGCAGAAUACAGCGAUGAAAACAUAGAGUUCUGGUUGACAUGUGAGGACUAUAAGAAAACGAAGUCAUCUUUCAGGAUGACAUCAAAAGCGAAGAAAAUCUAUGGGCAGUUUGUAAAAGAAGAGUCCCCUAAAGAGAUUAACAUUGAUUACCAGACACGGGAGAACAUCAAGAGGAAUGUGAAAAGCCCAACAGCCCAGUGUUUCGAUGAAGCCCAGAGAAUUGUGUACGGGCUCAUGGAGAGAGACUCUUACCCCAGGUUUUUGAGGUCUGAGAUGUACAAUACUCUUCUGGAUUCCUUCACUGCCGAGGCUGCCUGUGGAUGAGUGGACAGAAAAGUGCUACCAACACUAAAACUGGAAUAAAGAGGUCCUCUCCAGAGAUCCCACUACUCAUUCUCAAAUAGAUGGAGAUGAAGACCCCCAAAUGACCCCACUACAUUGGCUCGCAGCCCAACUCUGAUUCUUACAUGUCAGCAAACGAGAACGUCAAGAAGUGUAGCUAUGCUGUACUCUAAAGCAUAUAUAUAUUUUUAAAUAUAAAAAUGAAAACAAAUCCAGGAAGCAUAUUAAAUGUGCAGCAAGUCUGCAGUCAACCCUAGAAAAAAGCACCCUCUCACUUGGAAAGACUUCCUGUGCAGAUAAAGAUUAGGGUUAAGACCAUCCGGUGGUUAGCAAAGUGGCAGAGUGAGCAGAACACUAGUAUCUGAUCACAGUAUUUACUGUCUUCAGCAGAGAGGCACUUUGCAGUGACAAAAUAGACUAUUAAAUAUGUGAAAGGGAUGAUCUUGAUCUCUUUUGAACAACUGGUCGUAACUUAGAAUUGAUGCAAUAAGGCCACAGGGCUCUAUUGCAUUAAAAUGAUGCAUCAUUGUGACUACUGCAAUGAAAAAGCAAAAAUCAGACACAGUGAAGACAUCUUAAAAUGUUCCCCGAAACAACAACAGAUUUGGAUGUUGGAAGUUUUAUCUUUUCAGUUUAUUCAACCUCUUAGAAUGCUCAAUUGUUUAAUUUAAAUGCAAAUGUAAUACAGACUAUUUAUUACCCAGAACCAAUGGUUUGGUGUUGCAGUGGAAAAUUUAAUUAUCAGAUGAUUAAAUAAAAUUUUGAAUGGC